UUCCUCUUACAGUACAGGCUGCUGCUUCUACAGUAUAUAAACUGAAGCUGAUUUCUGCAUUUCUCACAUCAGACUCUGCAGAGAUGAAGGCUCUCAUUUGCUUAACUAUUUUAUUUUCCCUGGCAGCAAUAUAUGCUGGAACAGAAGAAGAAAAAGCUUUGGGGGAAAAGGUGGGUAAUUCUUGUCCUAUAAGGAUGAAAAAUGGGGGCAAAUGUGAUGAAAAUGGCAACUGUCCCUACCAGAUAACCCUGCCAUCCAUGACGAUUCAACUGCCAAAACAGUUCCAACUUCUUGAAAAGACAAUCAAGGAGGUGCAGAGCCUUAAGGAAAUUGUAAAUACCCUAAGGAAAUCCUGCCAGGACUGCAAGUUGCAGGCAGAUGACACCCCAGAAAAAGAAAAUGGGCAGCACAACCCAGAUUUUAGUGAUGCCGGCCAGGACAACAAUAUAGAUGAGUUGCAAUCAAAGGUGAAGAAGAUGUCAAUCAGUCUGAAGAAUGCAAGAAAUCAGAUCAACUCUCUUCAAGAGCAGCUGGGCAAGAUUAACCCUAUUAAUAUGAACACUGUAGAGCAAUAUGUAGACACAAAAAUGGUAAACCUUUCAUUUGCCCUCAGCAAUUUAGACAACAAAUGCUCAAGCAACUGUCCAGCACUGGAAGCCAACCCAAUUAUCCAACUGUUAUACAAAGAUUGCUCUGACUACUACAAGAUAGGUAAAAAGGUGAAUGGAAUUUUCAGAGUGACACCGGAUGCAAAGAACAAAGCAUUUGAAGUAUACUGUGACAUGGAAUCAAUGGGAGGAGGAUGGACAGUGAUACAAAUACGCAGAGAUGGCAGCACAAGUUUCAAUCGGACUUGGAAUGAAUAUAAAAAUGGCUUUGGGAACCUUACUGCAGAGUUUUGGUUAGGAAAUGAUAAGUUACAUCUUUUGACCAAAAGCAGUGAUAUGAUAUUAAGAAUUGAGCUUGAGGAUUUUAAGGGUAUUAGAGAAUAUUCUAAGUAUGACCAGUUUUAUGUAGCCAAUGAAUAUCUUAAAUAUCGGUUAACUGUUGGUGGCUAUAGUGGUACAGCAGGUGAUGCCCUACACUUUAGUAAACAAUAUAACCAUGAUCAGAAAUUCUUUACCACACCUGACAAAGACAAUGACAGAUAUCCCUCUGGAAACUGUGGAUAUUAUUAUAGUUCUGGCUGGUGGUUUGAUGCAUGCAUGUCUGCUAAUCUUAAUGGUAAAUACUAUAUGAAAGACUACAAAGGGGUGCGUGAUGGCAUUUUCUGGGGUACCUGGCCUGGUGUCACAGAUGAGCGGCUUAAUAGUUACAGGCAAACUUUUAAAUUUGUUAAAAUGAUGAUCAGACCAAAAAACUUUACACCCUAAUUAAAAGUUACACAAAAAGCUUUUUGUUUCCAUAAAAUAUACUUUAACAUUUUCAUUCUAAUGUAUUGCAAACCAAAAGUGUAACAAAAAAAAUCCUUUAGAUUUACACCAUUAGGCUAAACAUGGAUUUGCUACUGUAUAGUAAAAAAAUGCAAAAACCUUUCCAUUGUUUGCAUGUUAAACUGCUUGUAGGCAGUUUAACAUGCAUCUUCUAGGUGCCUUGUGGAGCCAAAAAUGUAUUAUUAUUAUAAUUAUAUUUUAACAAGAAGUUCACUAAAACAAAAUAUUAUAAUUACAAAUACUUAUAAAUUUUUAGCAUUAUUUAUGUUGUGCAAUUAGCCCUUCCUCCUGUGGAUAAUCUCCCUGAUUCUAUAGUAAGAUUUCACAGCAUCUUUCUAGAACAGCUCAUGUUGCUGAAAGUGACAUUUAAAACAUAAUUUACUUUAUGACUACUGUAUUUUCAAUUGAUUUGAUCAUAGCAAACAGGUAAACUGAGGAUUAGUGAGGCAGAGGUGGUAUAAGCAUACAUAAUAAAUAAUGAAUGAUGGUUGACAUUGCCUUUAACAAAGCACAUUAAGAGGGAAAAAAGAAGUGAAGCUAUAAGCAAACAAUUUAAACUUAAAACUUAUUGCAACAAGUUAUAACAUAGCGAUCUUAUAUAAGAGCUGAUUCACUGCUCACUGCAAAGAGAGCCUUAGUUACCUGCGUAUUUGUAUUUAUUUAGAUUCUGGUGGGAAGGGCUGGCUUAGAAAACAAGCUCUUGAAAGCCUACUGCAGGUGUUAGAGCAAGGUGCAAGUCAUUUUCUGCUGGAGAACAGAAAGCAUCCAUUCCCACAGGGUUUCGUAAACACGUGUCUUGGCUAAAACUUGUCUGGAAUAUACAUGACCCCAGAAUCAGAAAGAAACACAAUCAAAUUACAGGACAAACCACAUUAGCGAGGCAUUGAAAUAACUAAAAUUCUCCAUAAAUAGCUCCGGUGUUCAUCAAGUAAACCCCCUCUUGCUAAUUAUUGUGGAUGAAGCAAAAUGUUAUUUACUUUCUAUAUAUCAUCAUUUUAUUAAAGGAAAACUAUACCUCCGAACAAUGUAGGUCUCUAUGAAAAUAUAUUGCUUAAAACAGCUCAUAUGUAAAACCCUGCUUCAUGUAAAUAAUCCAUAUUCAUAAUAAUAUACUUUUGUAGUAGUAUAUACUACUGGAUAAUCCUAAAGAACUAGGGGCUGUCCCCUGUGAUCCUAAGAUUCACAGUACACACAAUCAAAUUAAACAAACCAUACAUGUUAUGUCAUAUGAGCCAAUUAUAGGACAAAGUUCUGACUUUUGCUUCCACACUUCUUCC